UCAGGAGCUCAAUAGCACUGGCCGUAUUGAAAUGCAUUUUGUAUCCUUUCAAGUUGGGGUACAAAUAUUAGUUCCUAUCCAUAUUUGUAUCGUUUACCAAUUGAUUCUCCAUUAUGUGGAGUUUAAAUGCAUUUUGGAACCUAACAAAUAAAGGAAAAUUAAUCUGUGACACCUGGUCUUACUAGUUUAUGAAGUUUGGCCUGAAUCAAGGAACCUCUUAUCUCAGCAUUAAUUACACCCCAUAUAAAAAAAAAACUAUUCACAAACCAGAUGACACAAACUUGAUCUCAUUCUUCAUCAGCACUUAUCUCUUCUUCUUUUUCUCCUGCUAUUCUCUCCACUUCAGUAUCUGGUGUCUGAAACUGAAAGCACUCUUGGGUCUCCCUCUAAGCUCUCAUGGCACAUGAUAUUACAGAAGAGAACGAUGAAUUUGUUGACUGGAAAGGAAGACAAGUUCAAGAAGCCAAGCAUAAGGGAAUCAAGAGUGCUGCAAUUGUUUGUGCUGUUGAGGUCCUGGAGAAUUUGGUGUUUUUAUCAAAUGCAACCAAUUUUGUGAGUUAUUUCCGGUCAUCAAUGCAUUAUACAAGUGCUGAAGCUGCAAAUAUGGUCACUAAUUUUAUGGCAACUUCUUUCUUACUUACUGUUGUGGGAGGUUUCAUUAGUGAUUCUUUCUUCACACGGUUUAAGACAUUUCUACUCUCUGGCUCCAUUGAAUUACUGGGAUUAAUUAUGCUGACAAUCCAAGCAAACAAUGCUAGACUACGGCCAACCACAGGAAACCCGCCAUCUCAAUCCCAAGCUGCACUUCUCUACGUUGGACUUUAUGCCAUGGCCAUAGGCAUUGGAGGGAUAAAAUCAUCAUUGCCUGCACACGGUGCUGACCAACUUGCACACAGUAACAAGAGACUUAUAUCGAGUUUCUUUAAUUGGUUUUUCUUCUCUCUUUGCACUGGUGGACUACUAUCAUGUACCAUUAUGGUUUGGAUUGAGGAAAAUAAAGGUUGGCAAUGGAGUUUCAGUAUCUCGGCUGCGGUUCUCAGUCUUGCGAUCCUUCUGUUCUCAGCUGGAUACCCUAUUUACAGAUAUAGACUUCCUAGUGGAAGUCCAAUAACAAGGAUUUUCAAGGUGUUUUUCUAUGCGGCUCGGAACCGAAAAGCACAACAACCAGCUGCGAUGAAUCAAAAUGAACUUUAUAGCGGAAGUUCAUAUGCCAAGUUCAGGUUCCUGAACAAAGCGCUGACCAAUGAUUCAAUAAGUUUAAGUCAAGUCCAAGAAACCAAGACAUUUCUUGGUCUCCUACCCAUAUUCGCAAGCACGAUUAUGAUGAACUGUUGUUUAGCACAGCUUCAGACCUUCUCAGUUCAUCAAGGAGUAGUUAUGAACCGAAAAAUUACACGUAGUUUCGAAUUACCGCCACCAUCUUUAUCAAUAUUUCCACUAGUUUUCAUGCUACUUUCAAUUCCUGUAUAUGAACAUUUGGUUCUCAAGCUACUAGUCAAGAAAAAGAACCCAUCAACAUCCCCACAAAAAACUAGUAUAUUUCCACCCCUCAAACGUAUCGGUCUGGGUUUGGCCUUGGCGUCAGCAUCCAUGGCCGUUGCUGCGAUUGUAGAAGUCAAAAGACGGAAUUACUCCGUUAACGACCACGUAAAGUUAUCUAUUUUCUGGUUAGGAUUUCAGUUUUUACUACUUGGUGUGUCAGAUAUGUGUACACUAGGAGGAAUGUUGGAUUUUUUUUAUUCUGAAGCACCUGAAAGUAUGAGAAGUAUGUGCACUGCCUUGGCUUGGUGUUCUACUUCGAUGGGAUACUUCAUUAGCUCCAUACUCGUUUCCAUUACUAACUCGGCGAGUCGACACGCUGGUAAUGAGUGGUUGGGUGGAAGUAACUUGGAUGAGAAUCGGUUGGAUCUUUUUUAUACUGUUCUUUGUGUUCUCAAUUUUCUGAAUUUGCUCAAUUACAUGUAUUGGGCUAAAAGGUAUUAAGGUUUGGUUCAUGUAUUAAUUUUUUUUGAUGGAUAUUACU